UUUGGUUCGUUGACAGGAGUGGAUACGUGGACACGUCGGUUGUUUGACAAAGUGGCGGGGGGCAGGGAAGAAGAAAUUGACGUUAAGUUUGCGUAGAUCGGUAGUGCUGAGGUUGAUAACUUUAGAAUAUGAUUUCUUAAAUAUUUUAGUCCUAGGAAGGCUUUAGUGAUACAGGUGUUCGUCGUUUUCCACGUAAUCUACUGAUGCCAGCCAUAUCCUUUCAUAUGAUGGUAAGCUGCCUUCAGAGAUGAGGAUCGUCCAGUUAAGAAAAAGUCGGUUGUUCAAGCUUGUUGCUGCUGCACUGUGUGUAAUUCCUCUGCUCUACAUCUUGUUCCUGCAGUCCAAUCAUGAAAAUAUCAAGUUCAGUGCCUUUAGUUCCAAGAAUGUUAAAACAAAACCUCAGUUGGUGAAUGAGCUUGGGAAUUUUGAGCCUCAAAAUGUGGCAGAAAGAACCGGGCCUGGAGAAGGUGGUAAGCCUCAUAUAUUACGAGACGACCAACAGAAUGAUGCAUCCCAAAUGUUGACAGAAUUUGGAAUGAACAUGGUUUGUUCAGAUGAAAUCUCUGUGAGUCGUUCAAUCCCAGACACAAGGAUUCCAGAGUGCAAGCACUGGAACUACCCAGAAGAUCUGCCUAAAACAAGUGUUAUUAUUGUAUUCCAUAAUGAGGGUUGGUCUACACUUCUGCGGACAGUUCACAGCGUGAUAAAUAGGUCUCCACCACAGUUCCUUAAGGAAGUGCUCUUAGUAGAUGACUUCAGUAAUAAAGAGCAUCUGAAAGGAAAACUUGAACAGUACAUAAUGAGGUUUGAUGGUAAAGUAAGACUUGUCCGGAACAAAGAACGUGAAGGUUUAAUUCGUACACGUUCAUAUGGUGCGAAGGAAGCUAGAGGGGAUGUUAUUCUGUUCCUAGAUGCUCACUGUGAAGUGAAUGUUAACUGGUUACCUCCACUGUUAGCACCGAUAUACAGGGACAAGACCAUCAUGACGGUGCCUGUCAUUGAUGGUAUCGACUUUAAGACUUUUGAGUAUCGACCUGUGUAUCAAGGUGGUCAUCACUAUCGAGGUAUUUUUGAGUGGGGGAUGCUUUAUAAAGAAAAUGAGCUCUCUCAGAAAGAAGCAAAGAAGCGGGAGCACAACAGUGAACCUUAUAAGUCUCCUACUCAUGCAGGUGGUUUAUUUGCCAUGAACCGUGACUACUUCCUAUCACUUGGUGCAUAUGAUCCUGGGCUCCUGGUCUGGGGAGGGGAGAACUUUGAGUUGUCCUUCAAGAUUUGGCAGUGUGGUGGCAGCAUUGAAUGGGUUCCCUGUUCGCGUGUUGGACAUGUUUAUCGUAGUUUCAUGCCAUACAAUUUUGGCAAACUUGCUCAGAAGAAGAAAGGACCUCUUGUGACUAUAAACUACAAAAGAGUUGUAGAAACGUGGUUUGAUGACAAAUUCAAGGAGUACUUCUACACACGAGAACCUCUUGCUAGGUACCUGGACAUGGGGGACAUCAGUGACCAGCUGGCUUUGAAAGAGAGGCUCAAGUGCAAGAGUUUUGAGUGGUUUAUGGAUAAUGUUGCAUACGAUGUGUAUGACAAGUUUCCGGCAUUGCCACCCAACCUGCACUGGGGCGAGAUUGGCAGCGUAGCAUUGCCUUCGCUUUGCUGGGACACUUUGGGGCAAGAUGCCCCAGCUUUUAUAAGCAUUUAUGAGUGUAUGGGUGAUAACAACAAUGGUGAUCUAUCUCAGCUAAUACGACUGAAUGCAAAAGGGCAGCUUGGAGUUGGGGAACGUUGCUUUGAAGCAGAUACACAGGGAAUUAAAUUGGUUUUCUGCCGUCUGGGUACUGUGGAUGGACCAUGGGAAUACGAUGAGAUAAGUCACACGCUGUUGCAUCGCAUCCAUAAGAAAUGUGUGGCCCUCCAUCCCCAAACCUCACACCUGUCUCUCAUGCCAUGUGACACUGUCAACACUUACCAGCAGUGGACAUUCAAGGAACUGCAACCCAAGUACUGAACAGCCUCAUCCUGGUUCUCUGUUCCUUUCUGUGUGAUAAAAACAAAGUGGAGUUACAGUUUCAUCAACAUUGCAACUCUCAAUACAGAGACUGAUAAUGGGAGAGACUUCAUGUGAAUGUAAGCAAGUAGGGGAAUUGUAUUUCAGGCCAGAGUUACUUCUGAGUAAUCAUAGGUCCAGUGAUUAAGGAAUUGUUAGCCCAGGACUAUCCAUUGUGAACUAUUUGUGACUGCAGCUGCCUUCUGAUUUCUGCCAGAGCCUGAGGAGACAUGAACCCACUUAACAUUGUUGAAGUUUUACAUAAUUUCUUAAAAAUUAACUCCUGCUGUGAUCAAGACCUUAAUGCUGAAAUCACUGUGGUACAAAGUGUUCAUAAAAAUACAGUCCAUCAUUUCGUCUCUCAGUCACUAUUCUCUUCCAUGUCAUUAGACAAGAUGCAGCAUAAUUGUGAAAUUCUUAGAAUAUUUUAUUCUGUUAAUUGGUUAAUUGUGGAACCGGAGAUAACUUCCCUGACUGUGUGGGUAAUCUACAGAGCAAGAACUUGUUUUGAAAACAGAAUAAAAUAUAUCAGUACUUGUAUUAAGAUAUAAUUUGAGUAGUUUGCUAGUUUGGUAUGUAAAUAUUUAAAGAGGACCACAGGAUAUAUUUUCCACAAGGAAACUAUUUUGGUACUACAUCAUGUGUGAGAAUGUUUCUUUGCUUUACAAGUGUGAAAAUUCAUUUCUUCUUAUAGUGAAGUACUGAUAGAAGACUAGACCAUACCGUAACACAAAUUGGUGCCUGGUCAUAUUGUGCUGCUGUACUGAUGUUUAAUGUGGUCUUAAAAAUAGUGAAAAGUAAUAGUAUAAUUUUAUUGAGUAUUUUGAAUGGGAAUUGUUCUUCGACAAAUCAUUGUCAGAAAUUUUAACUGAUAUUGGUAUAUGUCCUGCUAUAUAACUUGAACAUAUCAUAUCGUGUGCCUAUGAGUGUGUGAGUGAUUGGUUGACUAAUAUUAAUGCACCAAAAUAUGAAUAUGCUCCUUGUUUGUAACAAACAUAAUAUAAUAUUGUAUGAUUUCUGAAUUUUUAAUUAAAUACACAUUAGACCCUG